UUGUUUUCAAAAUACAUGAGUAAACGAUCAUUUAAUCUUGAUUCCUUCUACCAACUAUUAAAGGGACGUGUAUUUUAUAACAUUGAUUAUCAAGCAUGGUUACUUGACUGUAUGAAUAAUGCUACAUUACCCAUUCAUUCUAAAUUUGCUUCUGUCAUUAAUGAAUUUGUUUUAUGUUUUUAUAUAGUACAUUCUUAACUGAUCAAUGUCAUAAAAUACCCGAGGAAACUAUAAAAACUUAUUUCCAAAACAGCUCUCAUUCCACUACACAAAUAUUAUUAGCUCUAUAUGUCUUGACAUUUAAUGAUUAUAUUAUUGCAUUUCAAACAGAACCAAAGUUCAUUAACCAAAGUAAUGUAAAAGAACAAACAGAAUAUUCCACUGACUUAUUAGACCAUAUUCCAAUUCGAUCCAUUUUAAAUCAUGUUGAAGCUUUUCAGGGAGGUCAAGCAUAUAAAUCGAUUUAUUCAGAUCUUUUAGCAUUAUCAGCCAACUUAUUUCCUGAAUUGUUUGAUAUUCAAGCUUUUUUGAUCAAGGAAGGAAAAGAAUCAAAUAAUUUAUGGAAUGUAGGACACAUGUCAAAUGAUUGGCAACAUGAAAAAUGGACAAUCACUGAACUUGAAAGCAGAUUAAAUCAAUGGGAAACAAAUCCAGCGGUUGUAAUUGAAGCUUUAUCACGUUUAGAGUCAAUAGCUUCUACAGAAACAGAAAACUAUGCAGCCUGUAUGAUUUCUACAUUAAUACCACCCUGCUUAGAUAGAAAACUAGAUAAACGAAUAGCAGAGGCAUUUGUAUCUACUUGGGAAGCAUUUAAUAUCAUUAUCCCUCAUUCAUUAUGGUUAACAACUAUCAAUUUUCUUAUACCAGAAAAAUAUACUUUAACGAAUUUAAUACAAAAUCCAAACAUCAUUUUCAAAUGUGAUAAACGUAUAUUUAGAUCUCAUGAAUUAUUACCUAUUUGGUUACAUGUAUUGAAUUGUUUACGUACAACAUCUAAACAUCGUAUUUGGAAAAGAUACCAUACAGUCCAUUCACGACCCGAUCGUCAUCAGUUUAAUUCACGUAACGUGUUAGCACUUACUAAUGCACAAGAUACAAUGAUGCUUCAGUUAUUACUUGAACUUUGUUUAGAAAGACCUCAAGAAAACAAAGAUACAUUAUACAAAGUUAGAAAAUUAAUAUGUGAUUUUAUUCAUUCUAUCUUUAUUGACGGUGACCGAGAUAUGUUAUUAGCUAAAAUCCUUCAUUUUCAAACCUAUUCUACAGACUUAAUUCCUAUGGUAGUUGACUAUAUCCCGUCCAUAUAUAUCGUUUUAAGUUUUAUUCCUGAAUUAACAAGACAGCCUCAAAUUGAAAAACAAGUAUUUGGAAUACUUAUGGCCUGUCAUUUAUGUGAAAAAUAUCCUCUUGAAAAUUACUUGUUAAUGGCAGAAAAACAUGUUUUACCACGUUUACUAAGAAUUGCUUUUCCUGUGACUCGAGAAGGUCAACCAUCAACUACAUGUGUUCCCUCAGAAUAUUUGAUAAAAGCUAUACCUGGCUUUGUUCAUCUUGCUAGAGCCUUUCCACACUUUGGACCACAGAUAUUAAAUGCAUUUGACGAUAUUGCGAAAGGUUUACCUGAACCUCGACAAUUUAUUGGACAAGAAGGCAAUAAUAAAAUUAUACUUGUACUUCAAUUGCAUAAAGUGUUAAAAAGUUCAAGAGAUCUUGUACAGACAGAAGUAGAUAAAAUGGAUAAAGUGAAUAAAGUUACAAUUUAAUAUCUCGUUCCAAAUGAACAAAGGAACGAUUAUUAUUAACAUUUAUGCAAAGUGAUGCUGUUGUUGGUUCCAAAUGUUCAGCAUAAAGUCUUAAAUAACCUUCUAUUGUUUCUGUAUAACCGUUCUUUAUAGUAUAUGUUGAAUCUAUUUUUAAUUCU